AUGACUCAUUCAACCUCUCAAUCUUUAUUAACAACUACUGACAGUGAAAUUGCUAUAAAAAUCAACUGUCUCAGAGAAGAACAAAAAGCUUUUGAAGCCCAAGAACGCUACAUAGAAGCUGAAAUGAUAAUACAAAAAAUUGCUGAAUUAAAACAAAAAUACAAAAAAGAACAGGUUUUGGAAUUAAAAUCAAGACAAGGCGAAGAAAAAGAUAUGGUAGAAAAUUCCUACCAAAGAGAGCUGGCCGAGUUUAAUUUGCAUUGAAAUUCUCUUAUAAAAGAGUAUAUUGAGAAAUGCAAUGAGCAGGAAACCAAAAUGAUGCAAAAGCAUAGAGAACAGUGCAGGGCUGAAAGGGAGAGGCUUGAAAAAUGCAUACCAAAAAAUUAUAAGCCUAGCACACAGCUGCUUAAUUUAAUUAAAUGCAAAGAAAAAGCUGUGCUCGCUCAGAAGUAUAUUGAAGCUGACAGUUUAUUGAGACAGAUUGAAGAAGAAAAAGUAUAUGAACAUGAUCGAUAUUUGGAAGCCAGGAAAAAUAAGAUUGACCAGCAUAUGGGGAAUUUCGAAGCAAAGGCAGAAAGAGAAGCGGAAAAUUUGAAGAAAAGAUUGAAAACUGGAUUAGAUGAGCUGAAUAAGCAAAAAUCUAGAGAAAUGAGCAUAAUUAUAAAGAAGUAUGAUAAUCUUAGAAGAGAAAUAGCGAAUGCACAGAGUAUUGAGGCAAAUAAUAAAGAAAGGAAUUCUACAGCUGCGGUGAGAAAUAGAGGGAAUCUUACUUUUCGAAUGCAGAAUAGAUCUUUGACCGCAACACCUAUAAGACUUUCAUUAAGUCCUAAUAAGAGAAUGCAUACAAGUACGCUAAACUAG